UCCAGACUCGAUUAUUUACCGACCGCCGUCAUAUAGCUGGAAUAUUGCUGAGUGCGGCGUAAAACAACGACCAAACCAAACCAAAAACAUUCUAGUUGGUGUAAAUGUGACGCUUCAACGCGCCUGUGCUAUUGCUACACUGAGAAAAAAGUUUAGUUAAUUCUACUAACUUAAUUAGUAACAGCAGCCAGAAUGGGUUAGUAAAGCUAAAUUGUCAAUGCAAGAGAAUAACCAUCCCAGAUGUUCUGUCGUAAUAGAAAUCCGCUUGGCGUAAAAGGCAAUGAACUGUGGGAAUUAUAUAAAUGGACCACUGAAAAUCAGUGAUGACACCAGGUGUUCGCGAAAAGGUAGCACCCGGCAUUCAUACAAUUUGCAUAAAACAAUUUAUUGUCUGACGCCGCACAGCCUUACUCCUGCAAUGUAAGCCUGUAAACAAAUCAGACAAUCAAGUGAUUCAUGAACCAGAACAUCAAGUGACACGAGAGUACCAUCACUGAUUUUCUUGAAACUAAUAAAAACGGUAGAACUACGAAUUUACUUUCCUGCCGGUAGAUUGCACGCGGCGUCAAGACCACGUGACAUUGCUCACUUCCGACUUGGUCACUGUCACGCUCGCCAUUUUGAGAAAACAAGGAGAUAAUUGCGAGUUAGAGUGUUAGGUGUAUCUUGGCUUCGAAACCUGGUUAAAGUAUAUUUUUCAUGACUGACAAAAUUUAGAACUUCACAGCAUGCACACAAUGAAUGGAGAUAUGUUUAGUGCGCCAGUGUGUAAGAAUAUUUGCUUAUGUAUUUACUUGUUAAUUACUUUUUCGCAGUAUUGUGUUUAUAAACUUAAAAUACCACUGAAAAGCAUUAUGUUAUCUUUCCAAUGUAUUGUAUAUCUCAUUUGUUACUCACGUGUUUUUUGUAAGUUCAGAAGCUGUCAAACGGGAUCGCAAAAUGAUCAGAACAUGAGUUGUUAAACUUACCAGUUUAUUAAAUAUACUAUUGCAGUUAGUAAAUCACGAGAAGAAGAGAAGAUUCUUUCAAAAAUGUAACACAUUUACACAACUGAUUGCAUUCAAUGGACAAGGCUGUUAUGUGACCUAGUUCAUCACUCUGUUUACAGUAACAAAACAAUUCUCCUUUACCUAUGCAACUAAUGUAAACAUAAAAGAACUGACUACAUUGUUUCCUCACUAUUUCAAAGGAAUUUCAUACAUACUAUUCUACAGAUUUUGAUACUUAUUAGGCCAUAUUUGAAUGUGUAACCGUUGAUCUAUCUAUAGCGGGGGAUUUCCCCUCUUGCACCACACCUUGAAAUACACUGGUCCAUGGCGACUGACAUCUAUUUUUAGCGUGACGUCAUACCAUAUCAUAAGCGGAUGCAGACUUCAUUCCUAGUUAUAACCGGCUGCAGUGGCGUUGAACACCCAUUUCCUAUUCAUCAUGUGUCCUGGCGAUAAGGUGACUCACUCUGGCAGUGUGGGUUCGAAUCCCGGACGGAUCUCAACCCCCCAAAAAAAAAUGGCUACAACGGUCCUCUACCAGCCAGGAAUGACCAUUGGCCGGGUAUUUGAUAUGCGAACAUUUGCUUGUGGUCUAAACAUAUUUUCUCCGGAUGACAUAGCCAAAACUUCGACUGUUGAACGUCAUUCAAACACAGUCAAGUACUCGGUGAUUAAGAAAUCGAGCGAUGUCAACAACAUCCUUGGAAUAUCGGGGGAUAUUUCCCUGAAAGCAAAGGCAGGCAUCAUUGAUGUGGAAGGUGUGGGAUCAUAUCUUAAAGAGGAUCGUUUACAAGAUAACGUAAUGGAGAUACUAGCCAGAGCUCAAGUAGAAACGGUGACAGUGUCCAUGGAUGAUGCUACACCAAAAGAAGGUUGGGCUACAAAUGUCAAUGGUACUCAUUACAUCAGAAGCAUGAUAUAUGGAGGGGAUCUGGUCGUGAGGAUUAGUAUCAAAGGCAGUGAUGCUCAUCAAAUGAAAGAAGUUAAAGGUAAAUCGCAGGGAGGUUUAGCCACACAUGGAAUCAUUGAUGCAAAAGCACAGGCAGCAUUUAAAAAACUGGAACAGGACAUGAAAAGCAGUUCAGAAAUUGACAUUGAAUAUUAUUCUACAACUCCAAAAGGUGAAAUGCCCAGGGACAUUGAUGGUAUGCUACGAGCACUGGAUACUUUCAAGACCGAAGUUCAACAGCCAAAUGAUAACAAAGGAGUACCAUGCAAGUGUGAAAUUGUUCCCUUGCACUACCUUGAUGCAACUAUUCCUGCUCUUUUGAAGUCAGGUGCAUAUACUUUACAAAUUAAGUUUCUUGAAGAAGAGUUGGACGAUGUUCAAAUUGCCAAAAACAAAUUACAUUCUUUCUUACAUGAAGAAGAAGAUGACCUUGAACCUGAACUUGAAACAGAUGCACGUCAUCUUGAGAAGAGAAUUGAUGAAGCCCUUCAUCUUGAGAAGAGAAUUGAUGAAGCCCUUGAGCUUUUGAUGGGAGCCAUAUCAGAAAUUGAUAUAACAUCUCCACAGCAGACCGCAGAUAAAAUAAAGGAAGCAAGAUCAUCCGACAAGAUGAAAGGAGCUGGUGGUUUUCACCGAGAAGUCAAUAAAUUUAUAAGAACCUGUGCUUGCCCAAAGAAAACUCGAGAGGAGGACAUGCCAAAAGGAAGUGAUCUUACUUUAUGCAUCCUGGGGAAAACUGGACAUGGGAAAAGUUCUUUGGCAAACACUAUUCUAGGGGAGGACUGGUGCACUGUCUUCUCGUCUUCUUCCUCGGGUACCAAAGACUGUAACAAGAAACAGCAGACAAUUGGAGAAAGAACUAUCUGUGUGGUUGACACACCUGGAACUAUGGACACAAGGCAUCCAAGAGAAACUCUUUUAGAAAUAGGUGAAGCAAUAGCCUAUGGUUCAGAUGGAUUUGAUGCAUUUCUUAUAACACUGAGGUGGAACACAAAAAUGACUUCAGAGGAAGUCAUGGCAAUAGAACUGAUGAAAAAAAUGUUUGGAAAGAAAGUACUUAUGGAGUAUGCUGUUUUCGUUUUUACCUAUGGUGAUACAUAUGUCACUGAGCAGAAACGUAAAAAAACUAAAGAACACACUAGUUUUAAAGACUAUUUGGGGUCGCAAUCUGGACAUCUAAAACAGUAUCUAGCUGAAUGCAAACAGAGGUGGGUGUUGAUAAACAAUAUGGAUUCUGAUCCAGGAAAACUCAGAGAACAGUUGAUCGAAAUUGUCAACACUAUUGACAAAAUUGGCAACAAAGACAAAUACAGUAAUGAAUACUUUGAAGAAGCUAAGAAACAGUGGGAGAUUGAAGAGAAAAUGAACCAGGAUAAAAAGGUUAUUGCAAAAAAGGUUGCUGCCAAGGUAGCAGACACUGUAGUGGCAAAGAGUGGAGAGUGUUUUCCAGCAGAUGCAAGAGUCUCACUUGAGACUGGUGAGACAAUCCCUCUUUCAAGUCUGCAGAUCGGGCAAAGAGUCCUUGUUUCGUUGGGCAAAACUGGAUAUGACUUCAGCACAGUCUAUUUGUUUGGACACUUGCAGGAGGCUUCUGUUGCCAAGUUUAUAAAUAUAGAAACUGAAAAUCACACAAUAACACUCUCACCUGAUCACUACUUGUACACAAGGAAGAACCAGUGCUGGGUAGAAACUGCAGCAGAAGAUGUUGCAACUGGGGACAUUCUCCUCACAGAACAUUGCAAUGUUAUGAAGGAAGAAAAGGUGACAAGAAUAAGUACAUCCUUUGAAAAAGGUCUGUAUGCACCAUUCACAAUGACGGGAACCAUUGUUGUCAAUGGCGUGCUGGCCUCCUGCUAUGUGAACUGCAUCUCCCCUGGCUGGGCCCAUGUUCUCCUGUGGCCAGUUAGACAAUUGUACAGACUUUGUCCAUCUCUCCUGGCGUCAGUGAGCAAGCCAAAGACGAAUGGAAUUCCAACAUGGAUACAGUUUCUACGUCGUGCUUUUAACAUUUAAGUGAAGAUUUCAGAUGGAACACUUACAGACCUGAACAUUGUAAUAAUAGGAACUACUGGUCAAGGGAAGAGUGAAACUGGUAACACCAUCCUGGGAGACAAUGCAUUUGAUGCACAUGCAUGUAGUGAGACUGUUACAAAGUUAUGUCAAGAAAAAUAUUCAUUUUAUGGAGCCAGGAGAAUCACAGUCCUUGACACGCCUCAUGUAAAUCCAAACAAGCAGGGAAAUUUGC